UAAAUACUAACAAUAAUUGAAUAAUAAAUAAAUCCUGGUAAGACAGGCGGAUAAAGCAAUAAAACAUACGAAUUUUGUACUCAAAGCCAUCGACUUCAAAGUUCAAAUAUAGUAAUAAGAUGCCCAAAUGUCCCCGUCAACCGACUCGCGGUGCAGAUUCGAUCGAGAUGAGCGAACCCCGUCCCUGUGUUUAUUCAAUGUUCGGACUUGUGUAGACUAGUGUGGGGUAUUAAUGUAUUUUUAUAUAAGGGUUGCGCUUGCUCUGCCGGCCGGGAAUAUUUGCAGGGCAUGCGCACCGUCUGUUCGCGCAGACGCGAAUCAAAUCAUUUCGCACGACCCCGAUACACGCAGUACGCACCAAUCACAUAAUAAUAAUUAAGUAAAGCGCUACAGACUUCGCGGAACCAUAAUAAUGUGUUGUAGAUAAUGUAAAAUGUAAAUUGUAAUAUAAAUAUAUCAUCGCUCGUCAUCAAUCGCAUAUCCAAUAAUCUUUUUUUUAAGAUCAUCACAACGAAUAGUAUUUCGUAGUAGCGUAGUGUUCGAGUUUAUUGUCGUCAUUGUCCCGCGAGAUAAAUAAUAAAAUAUUAAAUAAUUGUAUUUAAAUAUAUAAUACUAACAACAGCGGUUUUUUUUAUUUACGUCUACCGCAAAUGAAUGAUUUAGUAUUUAUAUUCAUCUGAAGAAAAAUGUGAACGCACAUCAACAUUAGCGAUGGCAAUCACGACGAAAACAUUGUUUACUCUCGGCGCUUCUCCGUUUACGACUGUCGUCAUGACGGUCGACGGUAAGCGCUGCGUUGUUGCUGUUGCCGCGGGUUUGUGAGACAGGGGAUGCGGCUGGUCGGUGUUCGCGCGCCAGGCGGAUACGGUUCGACGUCAACGAUCUCGUUUCGUUCUUAUGGAGCAAGUCAAAGAAUUACCCGCGUGUCGUAGACCGUAGUCGCUUCUCGGCCGCGGCCGAGGCCGAGUUUGCUACGAAUCGUGUCCACUGCUUUCUUAUAGAACGACCCAAGUGAUUCAAUGAUGAAAAUUCGAGUCCGUUUGUUGCUGCUUUUGCUCAUUAGUGCUCUUACCUUGUUCAUAGUAUUUUUCAUUAUCGAUGAAAAACCAAACAACGUAGACGUCAAAGUCGACAAGUAUUAUAGUCAAAAAUUUAAACCACCAAUCCAUUUCAAGCCUGUAAAACAACAGUAUAUAAUACAUCCACCUCACGUAGAACGUACAUUACCAAAUCGAAGUGGAAUUUUUCCUAGAGACGCAGUUUGGCAAAAAGUCCAAUCAACAAAGUACAAAUUUUUCAUGUAUUCAGCAUAUUUGGAUACAAGAAUAAAAUCUGAUGGUCCAUUGGUACGAAUAAUUGGUGCCACUAAAACUCGAAAACCAGAUCAAGUUUGGUGUAGAUUAUGGUAUGCAAAUAGUUCUAAGACUGUUUCAGCAUUUGUGAAAGCAAUUCGUGAAAACUGGAAUCUAAAGUAUAGUGCAGUAUUUGUAUUAUGCAAAUUACCACAAGAUGGAAACUAUCCACUAAGCGUAUCUAUUGUAUCCCAUAUUAAUGAUCCUAUUACUAAUGAAAUACUGAUUCAAAUGCCCAAACCAACUAAUCAACUCAAGACUGAUAUAGAAAUUUGUGUUAAACCAUUGCAUUAUUAUUAUGAUCGAGCCAUACAACUUAUGGAAUUUGUAGAACUAAAUUAUUUACUUGGAAUUGGACACUUUACAUUUUAUAAAAACACUGUUGGGCCAAAUGUUGGAUGUGUUUUGGAUCGUUACAUAAAAGACAAUUUGGUGUCUGUUUUACCUUGGCAGUUAGAUAUGGUGUCCAAGGAAGAGAUUAGAACUGAAGGAAUGUUUGCUGCAUUUAAUGAUUGUUUGUAUAGAAAUAUGUUUCAAUCAAAAUAUGUGGCAUUUUUAGACAUUGAUGAAAUUAUUGUUCCUAAACAAAAUGAUACAUUAAUCAAAUUAAUCAAUUGGUUAAACAUUUAUCAAACUCCAGCUGCUUAUUCAUUCCGUAAUGCAUUCUUCUACAUGCAAUGGGCUGAUGAUGACUCAUUACCAUUAGAUCAGAAUCCAUUUCAUUCAAAUCUUAUUGUAUUACGUAAAACACGGCGUAAGACUAAAUUGCAUCCACAUAAACAACGUUCAAAAUAUAUAUGUGAUCCACAACGAAUAGUAGAAGUUGGAAAUCAUUUUAUCUGGGAGUUUUUAAAUCCUAGUGAUGGAACAUUUUAUUUUACCCCGGAACAUGCAAUACUUCAUCAUUAUAGGGUCUGUGAGUAUGGCGGGAAUGAUUGUGUAACUGCUGACUCUACAGUGGACCGCACAGUGUAUAGGUAUAGAAAAAAUUUGGUUGACAGAAUAACAAAUACUCUUGGAAACUUGGACUCAAAUUGUCUAAUAGAAGCUCAAGCAAACACUAAUGAAACAAUGUACUUCUCAAAUUGAUUUUUCUUGAUAACAUUUCAUUUUCAUAAAGUGUGCUUCCAAUAAUUUAUUAAAUAUAUUUGUUUUGAACAGGGUGAAUUAAACCUUUUAAAUAUGUAUAAUACAUAUUAAUGUUGUGUGAAAUGUAUGUAAUUUAUUGGUCAAGAGUAUAUUAACUCUAAACAAUAUUUUAAAUAGAAAAAAAUAUAUCAUACUCUAUACUUAACAUGUAAAAAAAAAUAUAAGUGAAUACAAAUAAAAA